UUGAUACCAGAGUUUAAGGUUGACUUUGCAGUCCGGAUAAGGAAGCAGACCGCUCGUCUUGCCCUUGUGUUAUUAGCCUGUCUGAGCCCGAUAUUUGCUCGGAGUAUCGUACGUUUCAAAGCGGGUUAGCCAGCCAUGCAGUUGCGGGUCGGCGUGGUGGUGGGCCUGCUAGCGGUCGCACUGCGAUGUCCUGUCGGGAUGGGGCAGUUCCCGUGCCCGAAGAGUUUCUACCGGUGUGCCGACGGGUACUGUCUGGAGAGAGCGCGGCUGUGUGACGGGGUGGCCCACUGUCGGGACCGAUCGGACGAGAGAGACUGCCCCAAAAUAGCCUGUUAUGGUCACUCUUCUGAGAGAGAUCCGUUCAGUGGACGUUGUCUGAACUGCCAGCACGGUACGGAGGGGAGGGACUGUGAGCAGUGUAAGAGCGGGUUUGUUGGUGACGCCACACAGACGACUUCUGACGCCUGCCAGCCGCCUACCAGACUACAGCGUUGCCACCUGAUCUACAUGGGUGAGUUUUGUUACCGGUGUGACGCGUCUGUUCGGUACGGGAACCCGGACAUCCUCCGCCAGGGAUACUGUAACAGGUGCCCGUGCGCGGUACGGACCCGUCUGCCGCUGCUACAUGGAAGAUUCAGGCGGGACGUCAGUCAAUCCACACCAGAGGAAGACAGACUGCUACUAUGGCACAGACUGCAGACCGUAGCGGACCUGUCCCAGAGUUUGGGCGGCUACCUGCAGCACAACACGCCGACAGAACGCACCCUGGUGGCCGCGGCAAACCGCCUGCUCUCCUCCCUACAGUCCCUCACCAACACAACGUCUCAAGAACCCUUCAGACUCAGACAUCACCUCAGAAAGUCGCUUCUUCCCGUCAAGAGAAAAACCCAGGCUCUGCUGAAAGUAAUGAGUCAGCCGUCAUAAAGGAUAGAAACAUCGAGUGAAAAUGCCGCGACGUUCUUUGGCUUGCACCUGACUCCCAUUUCAGCACCAAGGACAGACAUCGCCCG